AUGGGCUCGGGCUUCAUAGCCAAGGGCCUGACCAUCAUCAACGACGCCGGGCCGCGCAAGGGCCAGGCGGUGGCGCUGCGGGUCGGCGGCGACCUCUCCGUCGUGUACCAGUGCGACAUCGAGGCAUACCAGGACACCCUCCACACGCACUCCAAUCGCCAGUUCUACACCGAGGACAGCAUCUCCGGCACGGUGGACUUCAUCUUCGGCAACUCCGCGGUGGUCAUCCAAAACUGUGACAUCCGUCCCAGGAAGCACCCGUUCGGCCAGAAGGACAUGAUCACCGCCCAGGGCCGGACCGACCGGAACCAGAACACCGGCAUCUCCAUCCACAAGUGUCGGAUCGCCGCCGCCUCGGACCUAGGCGACACAAAGGUGUACCUGGGUCGUCCAUGGAAGAAGUACUCGCGGACCGUCGUGAUGGAGAGCUCUCUCGACCGUUCGAUCGCCGCAGCCGGGUGGCUGGAGUGGUCGGGCCAGUUCGCGCUCAACACGUUGUACUACGGGGAGUAUGGGAACGCUGGGCCUGGCGCGGGGACAAGCGGGCGGGUGAAGUGGGCCGGAGUGCACACGUCUCUGUCCACGGUGGACGCCACACGGUUCACGGUGAGGGAUUUUAUCUUGGGAGACUCGUGGUUGGGUUACACUGGAGUGAGCUACACUUCCGGGCUAUGAAUAAGAUGGUGUCAUGUUGUUUGUGCUCUGCCUGAUUAACUUGGAACAUGGAACCAGAUCACAUGAUGUAAGGAUUGGUAACAAUAAGGUGUAAGCUGGUGAGCUGCUAUGCUGCCAUAGCUACCUGCUAAUCUAUGAGCUGCCAAGCUAUUGUUUUGCAUGUCCCAUACUGAAAUAAACAAUGAUGAAUCUUU